AUGGGCAGCGGGCAAGGCGACACACCAACUCCUGAGCAAUAUGAGUAUUUCGUGCAGCAUUCCGGUGACAGCCGGGUAGCCGGGAUUAUCGCUUGCGCGACAAUUUCCGCCUUUUUGGGCGCUGUAUUCGUGCUUUUGCGACUUGUUGGCCGGCGACUGAUCCAUCACCGGUGGUGUGUGCACGCCAGUGACGGUCUGCUCAUGGUUUCUUGGACGGCUAUAAUCACCGAAGUCUCGUACUCCAUGUCAAUGGCGUUUCUGAAGCUCAGCAUCCUCGCCCUCUACGGGUCCAUCUUCCCGUCCAGGCGCUUUCACCAGUGCCUGUGGGCACUGGGGGUAUUCACCGUGCUGUGGUGCCUGACGAGUGCCAUCGGCUCCAUAUGCCAGUGUGUCCCGGUCGAGUCUUUCUGGGACGACUCUGUCGAGGGCCACUGCAUCGACUUCGGGAUCCUGCAGCUAACCUGCACGAUCUGCAACAUCACCACGGACUUUAUCAUUCUCUUCCUGCCGGUCGGGCAGAUCCGCAGGCUUCACGUGUCAAAGGCGAAGAAGAGAUGGAUCCAUUUCUCGCUGGCCAUGGGCGGGAGUGCUUGCGUUGUCAGCAUCGUCCGCCUGGUGUUUGCUCUCCAAGUCGGCUCGAUUGAUGCCUCCUGGGCUGAUAUACCAGCCGCAUGGGCAUCCGAGGCCGAGCUGUGCGUUGGUUUUCUCGUCGUGUCGAUCCCGACGUACCAGCCCAUCUACCGCAGGCUCGUGUACGGCUCAGCAGAUGCCCUGCAUGUGCGGACCGGCAAGGCCUACCAGUUCCAACCAUGGUCUCGUAAGAGCAAGAGCCACCUCUCUCACGUAGCAAAAGCUUCGUCACAGUCUACGCUUUCUCCGAUGCCGCUGGGGAUCAGUGUCGCCGAUGACGUUCAGCCGGUGAGACACACCCAGCACGUUGCAACUUGGGUUGGUCAGCCCGGUACUGAGUUAAGGAAGGGUAUUCGAUUUUGA